UAUGCGCAAAUGCUGGACUUUUGGACCCUGACACAUCAAUCAGCUGAUAUACUUAUAUACACGGUAGAUUUUGUUGUAUCAAACAUAAUAGCUUGCAGUCGCAGGAGGCGACAACAUGGAUUACCGCGUAUUUCUUAUUUCAUCCCUAAUAGCGGGGUCGUUUGCGGUGCCGGUACAGAAUCUCAGAUCUGGAUUAUUAGGACAGACAUCAUGUGCGAAACAAUGCACGGAAAAGAGUAAGUUUGGAUAUAUCUCAGGAGAGACAUAUAAAUUCACCUACCAAGGAGAGACAAAGACAAGUAUACACAGUGGAAACAAGGAACAAGCAGGGCUGAAAUUCACAGCCAGUGUUCUUCUGGAGGUUCUCUCAAAAUGUGAACUUUCACUCAAGCUGGAAGAUGUUGUUUUGUCUGGGUCCGACCCUAAUUAUUCGCAAAGACUGUUGACUGACACUCAGUCGGCUGAAUUCAAGAAGGCACUAGAAGAACACCAUCUUCGUUUCUCCUUCCAAGACGGCAUCAUGGAAGAGUUAUGUCCCCUUCCAGAGGAGAGUGAAUGGGUUCUCAAUAUCAAAAAAGGAAUUUUGUCUUCACUACAAAACACCAUGGAUUCCUUCAAAACUGAACAAGGUCUUGUUGAAACUGAUGUUGCUGGAAAGUGCAGGACUCAGUACAAGCUGAAACAGGAGGGAUGGAAGACGGUAGCCAUUGUAAAGUCCAAGGACAUCAGUACCUGCCUUAACCGCCAUGGAUUUGACACUUCCAUGGGAUCCAUUUUGUAUGAGGUUCCAGCUACCCUUCACUCACUCCCCAUCAUGAACAGCAGCCACGAAUGUGAGCAGAAGAUCUCAACAGAUGGUCACAUGGAGAGUGUUUUGUGUCAUGAAAUUCACUUGUUCGCACCUUUCUCUAAAGGAGACAGUGGAAUCAUGACAGAAGUGACACAGACACUCAAGUUUGUCUCCAGGUCCACUGGAACCACAUCUAGAAUGAGUGAGGUAAGCAGAAGAGACACCCUUCUGUUCACCCAGGUUCAUGGAGAGAAGUCAAUUACCUCCACUAAAAAACAAGUAAAGGACAAGCUAAAGGAGCUAUGUCUCACUACUGAGAAUGGCAUUCGACCAGAAACCCCAGAUCUGUUUGCCCAGCUUGUCAUGUUAAUGAAGCAGGUGGAUGCCAAAACAAUGACAGAUAUCUUUAACGACCUCAAGGCAACUUCUUUCUGUCCAAAUAACAUGAAAAGAACCAAGAAAUUCUACAUGGAUGCCAUUCCAAUGGUUGGAACUGGAGCAGCAGUGAGACAGAUUACGCAGCUUAUCAUGAACAAUGACAUAACAGGUGCCCUCACUGAAUCUUGGCUGGUCUCCCUCUCUUUCAUCCAGCACCCCACUAAAGACAUGCUAACUGAAAUCGCUAAAAUGAUGAACACGGUCCAUGGCACCAAGAUUCUGCUUCCCAUGUCUACCUUGAUCCACACAUACUGCCAGAAAGAAUCUUGUGAAAAUGAUAAAGACAUUGAAGAAAUCCUCAACAAAAUGAAAACCAACCUUGGAAAAGAUUGCAGCAGUUCUAAUGAAGAAAAGAUUCUCCUGACUCUGAGAGCCAUAGGGAACAUUGAACAGACCCAGGCAUUCAUCCCAGUCCUAGAACAGUGCUUCUGGAGGAAGAAGAGUUCCAUGGGAGUGAGGGUGGCUGCUGUGGAAGCUCACCGCAGGAUGUCAUGUGCUGCUGAUAGAAACAACUUGAUUGCACUGUUCCGAAAUGCUGAUGAGGAUUCUGAGUUGCGUUUAGCUGCUUACCUUCAGGUCAUGAAAUGUCCAAAUGACAUCAUUCUUCAGCAAAUCAAACAAACACUCCUUUCAGAAGAAGUGAACCAAGUUGGCAGCUUUGUUUGGACCCACUUAAUGAACUUGAGAGAAUCCUCCAGUCCCUACAAGGAAACAGUCAGAUCCAUGCUGGAAAGUGAGGACCUUCCCAAGAAAUUCGACCUUGAUAAACGCAAGUUCUCCAGAAACUACGAAUGGUCUCACUACUCACAAGAUUCGAACAUGGGAGGCAUGCUGGACAGCAACCUCAUCUGGUCACCAGAAUCUUUCGUUCCCCGAUCUGUGUCCGCUAACCUGUCUGUUGAGUUGUUUGGACAUUCGGUAAAUCUUCUGGAGAUUGGAGGACGUGCAGAGGGACUAGAUUAUCUUCUGGAAUCCUACUUUGGACAAUCUGGAUACUUCAAGGAUGGAACAAUCACCCCAGAUGAGAAGGAACAUAAUGCCAUCAAAAUGAAGAAACUGGAGAAGAUGGACAAAGCUUUUGACAAGAAAGUUCAAGAACUGAAGGGAGCAAUGUAUGCCAGAGUGUUUGGAAAUGAAGUUUUCUACAAUCAACUUGGACAGUCCACACCAAAAAAGACAGGACAGAGCUUUAACUUCCUGGAAAUGUUCCAGGAACUGGCCAAAGGAAACGAAAUCUCCUACACUAAAAGUAACAUGUUCAUGGACAGUAGCAUCAUUGUGCCCACCAUAAUUGGUCUGCCCCUCAAUCUGACUGUGAACGGAACUGCCAGUGUGGACCUUAAAGGACGGGCCACCAUUGACAUGACCAAGCCACACAAGAGCAUCUUAAUUGAUGGUAUCAUGGAACCAAGUGGAGCAGUAGAGUUUGUGUCCAUGAUGAGUGUGGAUGCAUUCUUCACCAAGAGUGGCAUUAAGAUGACCUCCACACUCCACUCCAGUACUGGGGUCAGCACCAAGAUACAAAUUAAAAACAGAGAGGAAUACAUCUUCAAUUUUGAUGUUCCAAAAACCAAGUCAGAAAUUAUCACUGUCAAAUCUUCCCUAUUCAUGGUUUUCAAAGACCAGGAGAAGAAACAGGUGCCUGCUACAAAGGACAUAGUCACAAAAAAGUCCUGCUCCGGACAUACCUUGGUCCGUCUGACUGGAUUAGAGGUCUGUGGAGAUGUGGCUUAUCCCCAUAACAAGGACGACUAUCCUCCAUUCCCACUUAGUGGCCCAGCACAUGGUGUACUCGUUCUUUACAAGAGAGACUCACAUAAAGGAUACCAGAUAGAAAUCAACCAAAUCAAUAACAAAAAACUGCUGAACUUCAAAGUGUUCUACGACACACCUGGAUCAAAGAUGGAAAGAGCCACAGGAUUUGAACUUGAGGUGAAGAAAGAUACCAAAAUUCUAAAGACAAGGCUGAUCUCUCCAUGGAAGAAGGCCAGAUUUACAGGCAGUAUAGUGGAUGGAAAGAAUGAAAAGAAGCUUUCAGGUCUUGCCAUUGUUGAUGAAACCCAAGAAUACAGACUUGAUUCCUCUGUUGUCAUCAAAGUCCAAAGCUCUGUGACCACAUACAAGCCUAAAGUAAUGAUCUCCUAUCCAACGGCCACCCCAAUCACCCUUGAUGGAAGUGUGCGAAUUGAAAAUUCAAAGCUAAAACAGAUGCUAGAUUCCACCAUUGUUCUAAAGGGAAUCAAAGAUGAUCCAAUCACAAUUGAAACUGAUAUAAAAAAUACUCCAAAAGCUAAAGGCGUCUUGGUCAAAUUCAACCACGAGAAAAAGAAGGAAUAUUCGGCAGAAAUUAUGGCCAAGAUCAAUAACCAGAAGAAAAAAGUGACAGUAUAUCCGAAGGUCCUCAUCAAGACUCCUGUUAAGGAACUGGCCAGUCUGCGAGGCUCACUUGUUGGAGUGCCAGAAACCAGCCUAAGGGUUGACCUCACACUGGACAAAGUUUUCAGAGUCCCUGCAACAUUAAAAGGUGAUGCCAAGAAAAUUCAGAAAGGGAAACGAGUAUUCUACAAGGCACGUGCUAACUACAAAGGACCAUUAAAAGUUACCUGGAAAACAAGACUGAAUAUAGACAAGAAGCCCAAAAUGUUAACUGCAAGAAUCAAGGGAGACUAUAAUUUUGUCAAAAUUUUCAAAUGGGCCAAGGACAGUUUUUCCUACAACAGCAAAAUUGUUAACAAAAGCACCAAGACAUAUAAAAAUGUUGACAUCAAUUCGAAUUUUAAGUCCUCUCGUUACUCGGAAUUCAACAACCUCUUUGUGCUGAAAUUUACCAAUCGCGUCAACAAGGUUGCUGAGCUGAAGUCUUCUUUUGACUAUGGGCGAACUUACACGAGCAAAGUUAACAAACAAAGGGUGAAAGUUUCUGGUUUGACAAAGUACAGCUUCAAGAAGAACGGUGCAAACAUCAGCUACAACAUCACUCUCUUGCAUCUACCUGCUGAACUUGAUGCCUCCAUCACAGGUACACACUCGCACACAAAGAAGAAUGUCAAAUCAAACAUAGCCAUCCGUUAUGAAGACAAAAAUACUGUCACUGCUUCCAUUAGACUAAAUGAUGAAACCAAGAAAUUCCCAAAAUACAGUGGGAAAGCCUCUCUAACUUAUCCUGGAAGGGACAUCGAAAUAGAAGGUACUGGUUCACGAAAAACUAAAAAGGAAGGUAACAUGAAGUUGACAAUCCAACAUCAAAAGGGAGUCAAGUCCACAUUUUUGGGGCAGUACACCCAGAAAUCCAAUUCCUCAAUUGAUGUUAAGUCUAACUUAAAGAUACACAAUCAAAAGGCUAUCUCCUUAAGUGCUUCAACAGACAUCAGCCUUGCCACCCCUAAAAUUGAUCUGACAGUGGUCCAUGGUAAUGAUCAGUAUGCAAUGAUGGCCUCUGGAGAGUAUCAGCCAUAUAAAUAUGGAAAGAUCAUCUCACAUGUUCAGUAUCCUGCACGCAAGGUUGUUGUGGAACUGGAAGGAGGAAAAAAAGAGGGACAGUGCAUUGGAAAAGUUGGGGUGAGCUGGGAUGCCAUCAAUGAUGCAGACAAGAGAGUUUUGCUGGAAUGCAUCUCUAGAGUCAACACUUUGCAGGACUUUACAAUUUUCACCAACCUUGAGUAUCCUGGUAUGAAGAUUGCUGGUGAACUCAGGAACCUAAUCAAAGCCAAUUACAACUACAAGACAUCUGCUUCAGUCUCUUGGAAUCCACAACAGAGGAUUUUUGUUGAAGUUGAUUUACUGGACAAUCGUAAGAAAUACCGAGGACAAACAGAAGCCACAUUAUCUGUUCAAACACCUUUCAAGAACUUUGAGGAAUACCAACUUAAAGCUUCCAGUAAAUAUAAGAAGUCAAAUUACGAAGUUCAAGGCGGUGUAACCUGGUCUAAAGGUAAAACUUUUUCAGUGACUGCUUCAACUAAAUACCCCCCAAUGAUUGAAGAUCUCAAUCUGGUCCUAAAAGUGAACACUCCAUUCAAGAAAGUUGGUAAUCCACUUCUGAUCUUGCAAAAUCAGCUCUCUCCUGAAAAAUCCCAAAGUGGCAGCUUAAAACUUGACUGGGGGAAAAAUCAGUAUAUUCACAUUGAAACCCAUGGUGAAACCACUGCUUAUGAGCUUUACAGAAGAGAAUUCACAAGAAACAUUGGUUUUUCAUCCAGCAUCCUAAAUUAUGAGAAAGUAAUCUUCAAUAUCACCCAUGAGGACAAUACGGAAAAGUUUCGAUCUCAGGCUGUUGUCACUCAUAACAAUGAUAGAUAUCUGUACAAGAUUAGCAUGGAUCACAAGCUUACAGGAUGGCAGUUGGACAGCAAAGGAACGUUUGAUAUCCAGGGACCUUAUGACACCAUGGUUCUGGUGUGGUCACACAAAAACACUGACCGAGAUAUCAGAAGUACAUCCGAGAUCAAAUGGGGAAAGCGACAGACCUUCACUGCUGAGUUUACAGGAGACAUCCAAACCAUACCAAAUCACAAGAUUACUGGCAGAUUCCAAAUGAAUGUACCAGCCACCAAACUAAGAAGAGUUGAUGCCAUCUUUGAGCAUGAAAAUAAAAUUGGAUUUAUCAAGACUUUAGGUAAAAUUGUUGCAGACAGGGAAAACAUUGGUACAUUUGAUUUGAAAUAUGGCAGGCAAGUUGGAAAAGCUGAUCUGGACUUGAAAGUUAACAGUAAAUACAUGGACGACUUUAGAGUGAAGUCUUUUGUGCACAGUGCUACUAUGCCAAUCAAAUCUGGCUUGGAGAUCCAAUGGCACGAAGCCCAAACCAUUGCUGCUGCCUUCACUCAUUCUGAUGUUAUGAAUCACCUAGAAAGCAAAUUGAUAUUGAAUACUCCCUUCAAACAAGCUAAGAGGAUUGUAAUAGAUGCAAGUCAUAAACUAAAGGGUAUUGAUUGGGUAGCAGAGGGCAGUGUAAAUUAUGCCCCUAUGCAGACAAUCACGGUUGGAGGUAUUUACAACAUCCAAACAGAAAAGAAGGCCCGCGUAUAUAUCACUUCACCAUUCCCAGCCUUCAAGAGACUUGAAACCGGGGUUUUCUUCCAAGGGAGCUGGAUACAGUUCAAAACUAACUUUGAUUUUGAAAUCGACCCUCUUGUCAAGAAAAUCACAGCAUCUUCUGAAUGGAGUUAUAACAAGCUUUCAACCAAAGGAUCGGUCAGAUUAGAUACACCCUUCCAAGAGUACCCAUACAUGCAAGCCAAUCUUUUAAGCCAAUACAAAGUAACAUCAAGAGAAUCUAGCCUCAUACUGGAAUAUCUCCCUACUCAGAAAAUUGAACUAACUGGAUCUUAUGUUACCAAGCCGAAUAACCUGGAGGGAACAUUCACUUUAAAAACUCCAAGAAACAAAGCAGCCACAAUCAGUUAUAGACAGAAUGGUGAUAUAAAUGCUUUUGAUAAUCAUGCUGAAGUCAAAUAUGAUGGAGGAAAGAAAAUUAUCAUUGAUACUACAUUUGGUAUUAAGCCUAAGGUGUAUGGUACUUUCCAUAUGGAAAGCCCAAUGAGAGGAUAUAAGAAAGUGGAUUUCCAAUUCAACCAUGAAGGCAAAACAUGGAAAAAUCUGAGGACACAAUUCCUUUAUGGCACAAAUGCAGACAAAAUUGAAGUUGAGACAAUAUUUGAUAUUGUUGGGGCCCUUGAAGCAAAAGCUAUGAUCAAGACUCCAUUCCCAAAUUUGAAAAUAGCUGAAGCUAGCUUUUCUCAUGAUGGUUCUUUUCCUAAUCUAAGAACGAACAUCAGGGGCAUUUUCAACAACACAAGUAUCGAGACUAAUCUAGAAAUGUCCCAUACCAUGAAAAUUACUGGAGGUAAAAUCAACUUAUCAACAACAUUCCCUAAUGCCAAAUUUGCAGAAAUAGCAUUCAAUCAUGAGGGAUCUUAUGACAAUUUCCAAACACAUGUGGAAACCACAUACAAUGAUAUAAAAUGCCAAUCAGAUACCGUCUUCAGCCAUUCUGCUGACUUAACAGCAUUUACUCACACUUUACUGGCACCACCUAUCAAAGGAUGGGAAAAAACAAUGAUUACUUUCAACAGGGAUGGACCUUUCAAUAACUUUAAAUCAACAGGAGAAAUCCUGUACAAGAACCAAAAGAUUUCUGGCACCUAUAAUCAUAAUGUUCAGAGAGGUGAUGUAGCAACAACAGCAACACUGAUUACACCAUAUACCAAUGACAUCAUGUUUAAGUUAGAUCAGAAUCAGAGAAAGCGGGGAUUUACAACCAAUGUUGAAAUCUCCAUGGGUACUGACAACGAAUGGAAGUGUCGCACAAAUUACAAACUUCGCAACAAUGAACUUGUUCUUGAUAUUGAUGAAACUCUAAUUAUGGCAGGUGAGAAAUACACGACAAGCUUCAAAAUUGACCAUGCAGGAGUCCCUCUGGCAUUCUCCACCAAAGUGUCAGGAAAAUACCAGUCUCACACCAUAGGAACAUCUUUUGAUUUCAAUGGACAGUCAUUGGAUGACAUCCAUGCCUCUGUAAAAGUUGAUUCCUCAUUUAAAGGAUACACUGAAAUGGAUCUGGUUGCAACACAUAAGAAAAAUAACAAUGAGUAUAAAUCAGAAGUAAAAGCAAGCAUGGAGAAGAAACACCAAGUAGCUGUCAGUAGCACAAUCACAGCUGAAAUUCCAAAAAUGGACAUCAAUGUUGGUUUGCAAACAUCAUUCAAAGGUUAUGAAUCUGCCUCUUUCAUAAUCAAAACAGACAGACCCUCUGAAAAAUACAUAGGAGAGGCUAAAGUUACUUAUCCUGGUGGAAACACAAUCACAGCUGAGGGAAGAUUCAAAGCUCAGUUGCCUGUUGUAGAUGCCAACAUUCAAGUUGCCACACCUUACAAAGGAUUUGAAAGCUUUGGUGCCACUGUGAAAUCUACGAAGUCCACCUCUGACUUUGAGGUUCGUUAUGGAGACAAUAAGAAAAUUACCAGUUCCAUGUCUCAAAAUAUUAAUUUCCCAACCAUUAAUGUGAACUGGGCAGUUACAACAUCCAUGAACACAGUGUCUGCUGAAUUCAACAACAAGAAAGUGGGCAACAGAUACACAACCACAAUCUCAACCAACAUUAAUGGAAAGAAGAGUUCCACCAGAGCCACAGUUUCUGUAGAUUUGCCGUCUGUUGAUGUGGAAGUAACCAUGAAGAACUCUCCACUUAAAGAAUACUACAGUUCUAAUUUCCCAUCAGACUUGACAUUAGUUUUGAGGAACUUUGGUGACAUGGCUAUAGCAAAUACUGAUAUAUACUUGACUGUUGAUGGCACAGAAAAGGCAAGACUUAAAUCAAGCAUUAAUACUGGAGACCUACUUGGAGAUGUCACUAUUACUAUGCCUGAUGGAAAACGUAUCUCCAUUUCCCACCAAGCUCAAGACAAGUGGACACGUACAUUGGAUGCAUCAUGGACAUUUGAUGCCAAAAAUAAAAUGCUUACAUCUUCAAGGUGCAAAGUGAAUCUCCCAGAUGUUGACUGUUCUAUCAGCAUGGAAUCAUCUUAUAAUGAAGACAUCCAAGUCACUGUAGUGAAUACUGUAACUGAAAGUCAGAUCUCUUCAUCAACAUCUGCUUCCUAUGGAAAUGCAAUGAAAUACAAUGCAGAGAUGACUCUCUCUCCUGUCCCAUCCAAUAUUUUGUUCAGUCUGAAACUAAUUACUCCACAUGAAGGUUUCACAAACUCAGAAAUUUCUUUCACUCAAACUGAAAACCUCAAGACUUACAAUAGUAAACUCAUAAUCUCCUCCGACAAAAUUUCCACUAUAACUUGGGAUGGUAAACAGAGGAUGCAAGGCUUAUUCGACUUCGACUAUUUUAGCAGAUUCACAAGCGAUUUUGAACCUGUUCAAUCAUUGCAACUUAGUAUCAGCAGCCAAAAACAAGGCGAGGAAUACAUCAUGCAGGUGGAGACUUACAUAGAUCCAGUUAAGAAGUUAAGUAUUGAUGCUGAAGUAAUUCCAAUGGGAGACAGUGGGAAAGCUAAGUUACAUCUUGCAAUUGAAACACCAUAUAAAGAACUUCAGAGCUUUAAGUAUAAAGAAGACCAAACACUAUCCAAGAAGAAUAAGAACCACAUGAGAUCCACCAAAGCUGUCCUUGUACAAUACAAUGGUGACACAUAUUUUGAUACAGAUGAGGAAUUUGAAAUUCUGAUUGCAGAUGACUGGCUCUAUGAUUAUCAAAUUAACUUUAGACACCCAAGGCAGAUGGAGUACUCAUUCUAUGGAAAGAAGGAUGGUAAUCUUUUCACUGGAAAAUCCAGUGUAAAUUGGAACAAAGAGGAUGUUAACAGCAAUAUUCAAAUGAGUGGACAGGCCACCAUUGCCAACAACAAAGAUCUUCAUAACCAAGUAAAAUUAGAGGCUAUACAUGCAACAAGAACUGUUGGUUUAGAUGCCAUUCUUCACAAAACAUCCAACAUGAAGAGAUCAAACAUAAUUGUGAUAUGGGACAAAGAUAAUGGCAAAAAAGCUGGAUUUGACCUUCACCAAGAUGGCCAAAAGUAUACCACAAAGAUUGUAACUCCAUCGAGAUCUAUUGAAAUGGUAAAUGAAAAUAAUCACGGACGCCCUGUUUCCUAUAGUGAGAACACCUUGUUCUGGGAUGCUGAUUCAGACAGAGACAAGAAGGCUGCCAUCCGUGUGACAAGUUCUGGUAAACUGAACAUUGACCACAAAAUUGACAUCAAACUGCCAACUUUCAACAAGGAAUACUCAGUUCACACAAAUAUUAAGCGAAAUACGAAGUUCUUUGAAAGCAAUAUGCAGUUCUCCUACUCUUCCAAGAAAAGAAAGACAAUUGUUAUGUCUGUCAGAGUAGAUGACCUCUCCAUUGGAACCCAGUCUUCCAAUUACAGCUGGUCUGUAGGCUUAUCCCAGAAAUACAGCAACUUGGACAUCACCUUGGCAGGACACCUAGGUCAGUCUGAAAACACUGAUACAUUUGGUGCCAGUGUGCAAUACCAAACCAACCAAAGACAAACAAAGAACAUGAACCUGCUUAUGGAGAUUAAGAAGCUACAGAGAGAGAUUGCUCUCUAUAUGGAUGUUCCUAAAGGCAAAUCGAUGGGAGUCAUUGGUCGCGUGGAAUCCACGUCUCCUUUGCUAGUUACUUUGGACAGUUUGGAAAAUGGAAGACAAUCUGAGAAACUCAGGGUCAAAGUGGACAAGGCAAAACGAAGUGUUGAAGUCAAGGCUAGAUAUGACACAGCAAAUCCUAACUCAGCCCUGCACAUGAAGGCAGAAUUACCCACCAAGAAAGACAUUCAGGUUGAACUCUACAGAACUGGCAACUUUGAGCAGGUUACAGACUCUCUAAUCAACAUUCAGCUUAAGGACUCCCGAUUCCUGCACUCAAAGAUUAACUGGAGACCAGAAAUGUUUGCUGAUGGCAUGGAGUUUGCAGCCCAGAGAAUGAUGAAUGAUGCCACAGAAGCCAAUGCUGAAUUGUUGAAAGUGGGAAAUGACAUUGCUACUGAGCUAGCUGGUAAAGAUUCUACAUUCAGUAAAGAACUGAUUAAUGAGAUCAAACCUUUUGCUGAGGCUCUGGCCAAACAAGUCGAAGACUUCCAGGAUGAACUUAAUGCCAUUAAACAGACACUGAAGAAAAUGAAAAAUAAUAACGACUUAUACCUAGGAGAUCUGAACCAAUUCUACAACAACUCUAUCCAAGAAUUUAUUGUCCAAUAUGGCAGAGCUCUCAGAACCAUGCAGACCACAUAUAGUGAAAUUAAGACAAAAGUUACUGAGCUUUCAGAGGAAAUUAAAGCCUAUCCCUAUGAAGAGAGAUACACCCAGUUAGUUAAUGACAUGUCAUCAAAAUUACAGAAAUGCAAGAAAGAGACUCACAGUUGGAUUAUGAAGGAGGUGGACACAGUUACAGCCAACGUCAAAGAAAAUAUCCGUUUCCUUCAGCAAAAGAUUCAAGAACUUCUCCAGAAAACAAAGACCAUUGCCUUGCAAAAACUAGACCUAAUCCUGCAGCAUCCUGACAUCCAGCAAAUGCAACAGCAAAUGUCCAUCAUUUCCAAGCAACUCCCAGCCAUGCCAGAUUACAGCAUCUAUGUGAAAAAAGUCAAAUCUGCCAUGAAGAAAGUGGAUAUGAAGAAGCCCUACAAUGAGGUGGUUACCAAGGUGACAUCUGUUCUACAAACCAAGUAUGAUGAACUCCAAAAAGACCAAGACUUUGUCAAAUUCCAGACACUUAUGAUGGAAAUAUAUGAGGAGUUAUCCACUAGAUUUGAAUUAUUAUCCAUCAAAAAACAACUUAUGGAUAUUGCAUCUCAGAUGCAUGGUGAUGUUAGGAAAUUCAUAGUUGAGGACAUUGCUGAAAUGAAAAUUCUUGGAUUUGAUAAAUCCAAAGUCAUCACCUUUGACCCAGAGAAUGGUAACAUUGAAUUAAACAUCUACGUGCCUACAAGGAUGGAAACACUUGACCGUCUGCCUAAGAUUCCAGUCACCAAAUUCAGAAAUCUCAUGAAAGACAUGGCUGGAAAAGUCAAGACUGUCAUCCCUGAUACAGAUUUCUGCUUCUGGGAUGUCUACUACAGAUUCAGACCUGCAAGCCUUAAUCCCAUUGACUGGAUUCCACCCUUCAAAGGCUAUGCCUUUGUGGCUGGUAAUAGGCACUACAUCACAUUUGAUGGGAAGAAAUUUGAUUUUACUGGAGACUGUAGCUUUGUCCUCACACGCGAUCUUGUCAACCACAACUUCACAGUCAUCAUGAACUACAAACAAAAUAAGAAUACCAUGGAGUCUCUUCUAGUUCUCGCUGAAGGAACAACAAUUGAAAUCUUCCCCGACUUCACGGUGAAAAUUAACAAUAGGCCCCAUGAGUUCCCCUACAUGUCCCGCAAACUGAGCCUUGAGCGAGUAGGAAACUGGAUCAAACUGGACACUGGACGUGGACUCCUCAUCACAGGAGAUCUCCCAAGCAAUGUCUUUGCACUUGAGGUUAGUGGCUGGUACUUUGGCAAACUGGCAGGAAUACUGGGAACCUUCAAUAAUGAGCAGUACGAUGAACUGACAGCAGCUGAUAACAAAAUCACCAAGAAUGAGGACAACUUCUACAACAGCUGGGAGGUCAGCAAAAAAUGUCGACCCAAUGGAAACAAUGCUUUGGCCAUCAUCCAGAAUGAAACUGAAGCCAAGUACAUCAAAUGCUCUGAAGUCCUCAAAUCCUCCGACUCUGUCCUCAGACCUUGCUUCAGACAAGUUAAUCCAGACAAAGCUUUUGAGAUGUGCUUGAACCAAGAUAUGUGUGCUGCCGCUAAAUUCUACCUCCAUCAGUGUCAUCAGAAAGGUGUCCAUCUUUCCCCUCCACAAGAAUGUGUUCAGUGUGUUGCUCCCAAUGAUGAGAGUUUCGUGGCUGGCGAGACCAUCAGGAUAUCUCCACUCACUGAUGACUUCAAGCCUGUUUCGUCUGCUGACACCGUCUUCAUCGUGGAGGAGAAACCAUGCAACAAGGAAACAACAAAACACCUUGGAUCUCUGGUCUAUGACAUCGAACAAGAACUCACCAAAGCUGGUCUUUCAAACAACAAGUAUGGACUAAUAGGAUUCAACAAGAAGGGGUCCCACAGCCACACAAUGGAGGGUCAAUUACUUAAUGAUGCAACAAAGUUUAAUAUGGGUGUAGAGAGCCUCACAUUCACAAGCUACAAGACAGACACCCUGGACGCCAUCCUGCAGGCAGCCAAUUAUCCAUUCCGUGCUGGUGUGGUGAAGAACAUCAUACUCCUACAAUGUGGACUCUGUUCUGAGAUGAAAACCAUGCAAUACCAUCAUAUCAGAUAUAUUCUGCAAUCUAGAAACAUUAAGUUCCACAUCCUGAGAGAUCAAGAAUUCAUGCUGGGAAACAGGAUUCCUAAACAGAAAAUCUUAGGUAUUGACAGUGACAGGAAGUAUGUUCUCCACAACUCUAAAGACAAGAGCUUAGAAAACAUGGGCAUCCCAAUGGACACCUGCUCCCACCUAGCCCUCCUCUCCAAUGGCUCCAUUUUUGAUUCUAGCUCAUUCCUCCUGAAAAAGGUUCGCCAUCAGAAGCUUGCUAUUGACACCGUUAGUAACCGUGUGGCCAAGACAUCCACCACUGCUGCCUGCCAGGUCUGUCAUUGUGAGACAGAUGAAACAGGUGCUCCACGAUCAGUCUGCAGAGGCUGCUACUCAGAAAUGAAAGAUUAUAUUAGCCUUUGGUGGAACCGGCUAAGGCACCCCAUGACACUGGAACAAGAGUUUAACAAUCAGCUAAAGGUAAAUUGUUCAUACUGCUUAAAUCCUCAGCUUGCUUACUGGUUGUUCCUUGUGUACUUAUAGAACAACAAACUAACAAAGGAAAAACCCAGAGGACUUGAUAUUGUUAGUGUUAUGAUUAAUAAUGUAUAAUGAUAGCUUUACUUCUUUCAGGAGUUCCUGAAUGCCAAAAAUGGUUGGGCAGUCCUGACUGCAUAAAUAUGAUGAUGUGAACAAAGUGUUAAGUGAUUUCCCUGUGAUUUAUGCAAUGAACAAUGCAGAAAAAAAAACUUAACUCAUUAUUGUCAUGAUAACAGUAUACCCAUUUUUCAUCAAACUUUUCAAUACAUUUCUCUGUAUCAUUUAUUUUAGUAUUUUUAUAAUGAACUUUACCAAUUAAAGCAAGAUGUAAAAAUAAAAAAUCCUGUAUAUAGUUGUGAUUUUAUUUAUUGUUUACUGUUAAUAAAGAAUUGAACCUUUA